AGAAAAGCCGGAAGAGAUCGGACCCUGAACAGAAUCUUGAGUUGCCAGCCCCUCCCCCGACCCUUACGGAAAGACGAGUGCAGAGACUGCCCUGGCGAAGUCAAAACAUUUAUCCUGGCUCUGUCAGUCUUACUUAUUUUGCUUCGAUGAUUUCACGUCAUCUUCAAAACAACCUCAUGAGUGUGGAUCCGGUCAGCAGCCAGGCCAUGGAGCUCUCUGAUGUCACCCUCAUUGAGGGUGUGGGUAAUGAGGUGAUGGUGGUGGCAGGUGUGGUGGUGCUGAUUCUAGCCUUGGUUCUAGCCUGGCUCUCUACCUACGUAGCAGACAGCAGUAACAACCAGCUGCUGGGCACCAUUGUGUCAGCGGGAGACACAUCUGUUCUCCACCUGGGGCAUGUGGACCAGCUGGUAAGCCAAGGCACUCCAGAGCCAACAGAACUCCCCCAUCCAUCAGAGGGGAAUGAUGAGAAGGCUGAAGAGACCAGUGACAGUGGUGGAGACUCCACUGGGGAGCCAGGAGCUAGGGGAGAGAUGGAGCCCAGCCUUGAACAUCUCCUGGAUAUCCAAGGCCUACCUAAAAGACAAGCAGGCCUGGAGAGCAGCCGUCCAGAAGCUCCACUGGGAUUGGAUAAUAGCACAAGCCUCUCUCCCAGCCCCAGCCUCAUCAAUGUUCGGCUCAAGUUCCUCAAUGACACUGAGGAGCUAGCUGUGGCCAGGCCAGAGGACACUGUGGGAACCCUGAAGAGCAAAUACUUCCCUGGACAAGAGAGCCAGAUGAAGCUGAUCUACCAGGGUCGGCUGCUGCAGGACCCAGCACGCACACUGAGUUCCCUGAACAUUACCGACAACUGUGUGAUUCACUGCCACCACUCACCUCCAGGGGCAGCUGUUUCUGGCCCCUCAGGCUCUUUGACCCCCUCAGCCACUGAACCAUCCAGCCUUGGUAUCAAUGUGGGCAGCCUCAUGGUGCCUGUGUUUGUGGUGCUCUUGGGCGUGGUCUGGUACUUCCGUAUUAAUUACCGCCAGUUCUUCACAGCACCUGCCACUGUUUCCUUGGUGGGAGUCACGGUCUUCUUCAGCUUCCUAGUAUUUGGGAUGUAUGGACGAUAAGGACAUCUGGGAGACAAUGAAUGGCAUGGUCUUCCUCCUUCAUGGCCUCCCCCCUUUCCUGGCCAGAGCUGGGCCCAAGGACCUGGGAGGGAGGGAUGGGAAGGAUAUGGUGGGUACCCUGUCCAUAGGACCCAGGAAGCAGGUGUGUGUGUCCACAGGGUACAGAUAUCUCUGCAAGCACAACUCAGGUAGAAACAAGGAUAUCAUCUUCCCUCUUUUGGAAUCCCAAAGUUCAAAAUGUCAAGCUCAGUGAGAAGCUUGGGCUCUGGGUCUUCCCUCCUGGCUGUGGCCCUAGGCCUUUUCCGUUUCUUGCAUGUCUGCGCCCUACCCCCAGGGUUGCUGCCAGGGCAGCUCAGCAUGGCCUUAGCAUUUCUCUGCAGGGAGCUUGAAGUACCACUUCCACGCCUUAGAUGAGGGUGAUCUUUUGAAACGAAAUUCACAGGCAGGGAUGAAGACUGUACUAGCUUUCCCUAUAGGUACCCAGCUGCCACCACCUCCUCCCUCCACCCCUUGUAGCAGGAAUAGGAUAUUUUGCUUUCUUUCAAAGCACUUUUUUUCCCCCUCCUAAAUAGCCGGCAUAAAGCUCAGUUAGGCAGGGGAUUGGGGCAGAAGGCCAAGCCCCCAGCAUCAAGAGGCCAGGUCACAGCUGCUGCUAGCCUAGGCCUAAGGCUGUGAGGGAACACUGGCCCUAAUCCAGUGUCCUGCCCAGUUCCAAGGACGAGCUCUGGGUAUAGAUUGCCCUGCCCUAGGCCCUCAGUUGGUGGGUCAGUAUGAGCAAAUAAAAUUGCAUUUUGUGGC